UUAUUUAAAUAAAUAUAUACACUAAAAAGAGUAGUGAUUAUAUUAAAAAAUGGAGUCUGGAAAGAUCUUUGGAUCCGAUGAGGAUUCUCGCAGCUGUGAAUCUGGAUGGACAACGUAUCUAGCCUCGCUCUCUAAUGACCAUGACCAAGACUGUUACCAUGAUGAUGAUGGUGACGAAGAUAGCGAUGGUGGUGACUCAAUGGACUCUGAUGCAUCUUCUGGUCCCAUGGAAGCCACUGCAAAUCUCAAACUUCCUCAAGAGAUCGCCGAGCAAAACUCUAUAAAGAAAAAGAAUAAGAAGACUAAUGAAGAGAUGAUUUUGAUGGAGACUAGGGUUCACAACAACAAUCAUGAUGAUGGUGAUGAUCAUGAAUUUGAUGAUGAUGAUGAUGAUGGUAAUGAUAGCUACAGUGCAGUUCAUAGUUACGUUGGUUUUCGGUUAGACAAGAAGAACUAAUUUGAUUUUUGAUUUUUGAUUUCAUGUUUAUGUUUACUUAAAUUUAUGUUCCAGUGUUUUCUAUUUAUAUGAUCGAAUGUUCUGUCCUCAUGUCGUUUACGUUUUUAGUUUUAAUGACGGAAAAUUAUUAUCUUCCUGCUAAUUAAUUACAUAUAUAGCCCAUUUGAUUACCACUGUUACUCCAGUAGCGGUGAUUAUAGUACUGAUACAGUGAUGAAGGUGAUGAUGAGGGUGACUAUGGUGAUGAAUGAUAAUGAAGUAGCUAGGGUCUCUUGAGAUGUACAUCAAUGCAUCCAUUAUGGGUUUCUUAAUGGUUUCCAUAGUACCCCAUUAUGCCUUCUUUCUAAUUUCUAUGUUCUAUCUAGCUAUAUUCAUUUUUCAUACUACUAGUCUACUACUAAUUAAAAGAAAUAUACUGAUUAUCUUCCCACGAAUAUUGUGUUGGUGGUUUUUUUAUUUUAUUAAUGUUAACUGAUAUUGUGUUGAUGUUGCUUAAGAAUUGGCACAGUUGUAUUUUGUAUGUAUAAGCUCGUAACCUAAUUAUUUCAGCAUGUGUAUAGACAAUUCAGGAAGAGCAGCUACACUCAUAGACGCAUUUUAGGAUACCUUUGUUUACUACAUUUCUUCGCAUUCAUGAGAAGUUUUUUUAUAUAUUAAUUAGAAACAAAUUUUUUUUGAACAUUAUUAGAAACAAAUUUACGACCAAAGUUUAAACAAAAACAAAAAUUUUA